GUUUCACUCAUGCUCGGAUGAAUUGUUUUCCACAGUCCUAACUCACUGAGCUUUUCUUUCAUUGACCAUCCACAUGUAGUCGCUGAAACCUUCACAUACUUUAAGAAUGAACACACACAGAGAAAGAGAGAGAGAGAGAGAGAGAGAGAGAAUUUGAAUAAAUAAAAAAAAUCUAGGCUUUCACCAACCAUAAACUCAUUCAGAAUACGGACAAAAUCUGAGCGAGAAGAAAGAUCUAAUAGUCGAAGUCCUUCUCAGGUGGGAUUAGAAAAACAAGGACUGUAAUUUAAAAACAGCAGUCACUUCUUCGUUUUCCGGAUAGCCAAGCACGCAUUGUACAUUAUAUAGCCAAACAUCACCCCCAUGCACCAAUAAUAAUUUACCAAAGAUUAAUCUAGUUGUAGCUACGAUAGGCGACAGCGUGGCGCUGCCGACGGACACCCGGAACUGACAUUGGCAAAGUCUUCGCUGCUGUUUCAACAGGAAGCUUUCGUAUUGAAGGACCAAAGUUUCGACCAGUAUGGCAGGUGUAGAGAGCCCAGCUUCCCCUUCAGCAGAGGGCAGGCUGACUGCGGAGUUUGCCGUCCCGUCCCACGUUGAGGCAGAGAGGGCACUCAUGGCUGAGUUUGCAGAGCGUCACGCGUCUGCGGGCCGCAGGGUGGUGCUGAUCACGUCGGGUGGCACCAAGGUCCCCCUCGAGUCCCGGACCGUCCGUUUCCUGGACAACUUUAGCAGCGGGAGGCGAGGGGCCUCCUCGGCAGAGUACUUCCUGGAUUCGGGCUACGCAGUCAUCUUCCUGCACAGGCACCGCUCUCUGUACCCCUACACCCGCCUCUACUCCGGGGUCAACCUGAUGGACGCCCUGCAGAUGGAGGAAGACGGGGGCUCUGCCCGGGUCUUGGUGGACCAGCAGGUGCUGCCCAACAUCGCGUCUGUACUGAAACGGUACAGGGCAGUGAAGGAGGCCGGGCUUCUGCUGCCAGUGGAGUUCAGCACCCUGUCCGAGUACCUGCACCUGCUCAAGGCCGCUGCCCAGGCACUCAGCUCCAUAGGGCCCAAGGCCAUGUUUUACCUGGCAGCUGCGGUGUCCGAUUUCUACAUACCGGCCUCAGAAAUGCCCGAACACAAGAUCCAGUCAUCCAAUGGCCCCUUGCAGAUCAGUAUGAAAAUGGUGCCCAAGAUGCUGUCGCCUCUGGUGAAGGAUUGGGCCCCGCAUGCGUUCGUCAUCUCUUUCAAACUGGAGACAGAUCCGUCCAUCCUGCUGGAGCGGGCUCGCCGCGCCCUGGACACCUACAGGCACCAGGCCGUGGUGGCCAACAUCCUGGACACGCGGCGCGGCUACGUGGUGGUGGUGACCCGCGAAACGCAGGCCGAGCUGGCCCUCACGGAGGAGGAUGCCCGGGCGGGCGUGGAGAUCGAGGAGAGGAUCGUCAGCAACCUGUCUGCCGCGCACGGCGGCUUCAUCGCCCAGCAAGGCUGAGCGGCCGAGAGGCGGGGCGUGUCACUACAGGCGGCUGCAGCUAACGCCUCUAGAGAAAACACAAAAAAACUGCGCGUUCUGAACAGCCAUCCCUGCCUUUCCUCAAACCUACCGUAGAGGAGACGACGAACUUCAGGAACCCCAUCAUGGCUUCAGCCUCUAUGUAAUGUUAAUCAUCCAAUUGCAAACAACCUCUUAUCGUGGUCACUUUUUUUUUUUGACUUGUAUCAACCAGCCACUGUUGGCACAGUGGUUUUUUUCUCAUUGUAGAGUUAAUGAAGCUUCAUUCUCUCAUUGCUGCUUUACACAAGUGUGUCUUAUUGACCAACACAAAGGAAUUAGCUUCAAAUGCCCAAUUCAAGUGUAUUUAGUAUCAACAGAUAUCCAACAUUGGAAUCUGUCAUUAAAUCAAGGUGCUUGAAA